GGUAUCUGUAACGCCCCUGCGACCUUCCAACGAGCCAUGAAUAUGACUUUUCAGAAUUUUGUACGGAAGACUCGUUUGGCACAGAGCAUCAUCAAGUACUACGUGACUGUGUACAUGGAUGACAUCCUGGUGUACUCGAGCUCCUACGAAGGGCACGCACAACACAUGGAAUGGGCACUUCAUGCGUUACGAGAUGCAGGAUUCAAGGUGGCGCUGGAGAAGUGUCAGUUCUUUCUCACCACCAUUUCCUUCCUAGGACACGUGGUGACAGACAAGGGACUCCAACCGGAGCCACAAAAGGUGGCAACUGUCAGGGACGCAUCGGUGCCCACCACUAUCACGCAAGUUCGCGCCUUUCUAGGCCUAGCCUCGUACUACCAAAGAUUUAUCAAGGGCUUCUCGGCGAUUGCGGGACCCCUCACAAAUCUGCUGCGCAAGGAUCAACCGUUGAUCUGGACACCGGAGUGCGAUCAAGCAUUUUUCAAACUCAAGGCCGCUCUCAUUUCGGCUCCGGUCCUUAUAAGACCAGAUCCUGAAGAGCCUUUUGUUCUCAUCACUGAUUGGCAGCCAGAGGCGAUUUUGGCGAUCCUCGCCAUGGUGGGACCAAGCGGGCGCGAGGGUGUGACUGAUCAUGAGCCCCUCUUGGCACUCAAAAAGUCGAAGGAUUACCCGGGCAUGAUCAGGCGAUGGGCAACGGUGCUGCAGAGCAUGGACUUGGACAUCCGUCAUCGGAAGCACGAGAAACACGGGAACGCGGAUGGAUUGACGCGAUUGCACCGACCUGAAAAGGUUAUGAAGAGUGAGAAGGUGAUUCUGUGGAACGAACCUGCGCAAGAGAUCGGGCCUCGGUACGGCCAAGUGGCGACCAUGUCGAAGCCAGAACGGGUGAAGUGGACGGGCACUAGCAAGCAUCCCGCGUGGAUCGAGAAUCCGGAGCUGCUGAUCAUACAGGGUUGGAGGACUAACGCGGAAGGAGAUCUUAUUGGAUUCCUCUUUGGAUCGGUACGACCAGGUCGCCGUCAGUUGAUUGCACAGGAACUCAUCGCACUGAUCGUGCAAUUGGCGGACGAUCUCUCGCCCGACAUCUACUUUCAGAGUGACAACAGUCCUGCUCCGUACAUUUUCGAACGGUUCUUGGAUCCGUACGUUCAGUGGACUUCGUGCUUGGAGGAACCUAGGGACGAGGAUACACUACCAUCGCGGCAGGAGUAUCUGAAGUCGUACGAGAUCAUCCCUUACGCCUUCAACUCGAGGGCAGAAGAAGUGGUGAUCGACGACGGCGACGACGAAGAAGAAAACGACGACGAGGAAAUACCGGAGGAGGGAAGCUAUAAUGAACAUAGAGAAGGCGAGCUGAGUGAGGAGGAAGAAGAAGCCGGAUCUGAGUGGGAAGCCCCGCCGGAGGAAGCGACGCGURCRGGAACGGAGGCGGARGAUCCGGAAGCRGAGCGAAGGCGCGAGGAAAUUGCCACCGGGAAGCGACAACUGGAGUUCGCCAGCAGGGCCAGCCUGCGCAUCGACAACAAUCCGAUCAGGGAUCCGGAGCCGCCAAAGCCCGAAGAUGGCAAACCUGCAACCGCCACCUCAAGUACUGCGCAACGGAGAAGGAGCAGAUCCUCCUCCCCCUCUAGCCCCGCCCGUCCCCCAGUGCGUCCACGUACCGAUGCGGGCGAUAGGCCUUUGUCCUCGCACUCUGUCCCGCCGACCCCUUGAUUUCCUCACCCUCGAGCAGAUCCGUACCCCCAUCACCUUCCCUUCUCAUCCCUUCCAUCCCCAUCUCUUCCGUGAUUACUACUCUACCCGUU